AUUAACGUAGUAAUUAUAAACUACCUUUAUUUUAACAUGCAAGUAGCGUGUUACUUGCUCUAUAUAUAGCUUAUGCUCUUUGGGAAAUUAUGUACACAAACACUAUCCAAAAUCAUCAUCUUCGAUGGAUUCAAUUAAGCAAUCCUCAUCACAAUUAGUAUUCACAGUGAGAAGGCAAAAAGCAGAGCUAAUUGCUCCAGCAAAGCCAACUCCACGUGAAUCUAAAUUUCUAUCAGACAUUGAUGAUCAAGAAGGUCUUCGCUUCCAAAUUCCGGUAAUUAACUUUUAUCGUAAGGAUUCGUAUUCGGAUUUGGAUUCUUCCAUGGGAGGAAAUUAUAAUGAACCUGUAAAAGUUAUUAAAAAGGCUAUAGCUGAAGCACUUGUUUUUUACUAUCCGUUUGCUGGUCGGCUCCGGGAAGGAAAUGGCCGGAAACUGAUGGUGGAUUGUUCCGGGGAAGGAGUUAUGUUCGUGGAGGCGGAUGCUGAUGUUACGCUUGAACAAUUUGGAGAUGAACUUAAGCCUCCAUUUCCGUGUUUGGAAGAGCUCCUUUAUGAUGUUCCUGGCUCUGCUGGAGUUCUUAACUGUCCUCUGCUUCUAAUUCAGGUAACACGUCUCAAGUGUGGUAGUUUCAUAUUUGCAGUGCGAUUAAACCACACGAUGAGUGAUGCGACCGGUCUUGUUGAAUUUAUGACUGCCGUUGGCGAAAUGGCACGGGGGGCAUCUGCUCCAUCUACACUCCCGGUCUGGAGCAGGGAAUUGCUAAAUGCGCGAAAUCCGCCUCGAGUGACAUGCACACACCAUGAGUACGAUGAAGUUCCUGAUACAAACGGUACAAUUAUCCCAUUAGAUGACAUGGUUCACAAAUCAUUCUUUUUUGGCCCUUCUGAGGUCUCAGCACUUCGUCGAUUUCUCCCUCCUCAUUUGCGCAAAUGUUCCACCUUUGAACUACUCACAUCAGUAAUUUGGCGCUGUCGAACAAUUUCCCUAAAACCAGAUCCUGCAGAGGAAGUUCGCGUACUUUGCCUUGUCAAUGCGCGUUUCAAGUUCAAUCCACCUUUGCCUAAUGGAUUCUACGGCAACGCCUUUGCGUUCCCUGUGGCAGUUGCGACCGCGGAGAAAUUGGUCAAAAAUCCACUAGGAUAUGCACUUGAGCUAGUGAAGAAGGCUAAGUCGGACGUGACGGAAGAAUACAUGAAAUCCGUAGCGGAUUUGAUGGUGAUUAAUGGAAGGCCUCAUUUCGCUGUGGUUCGGACUUUUCUCGUGUCAGACGUGACUCGGGCGGGAUUCGGAGAAGUAGAUUUUGGAUGGGGGAAGCCAGUGUAUGGGGGACCAGCUAAAGGAGGAGUAGGUCCUUUUCCUGGUAUGGCUAGUUUUUACAUACCAUUUAGAAACAAGAAUGGUGAAAAUGGGAUUGUGGUUCCUAUGUGUUUACCUGCCUUUGCAAUGGAAAUAUUUGUCAAAGAGAUUGAGCGCAUGUUGAAAGGCGAUGUUAAUCCAUUAGUUAACACAAAUUAUGCCAUAAUCAAACCUGCGUUGUGAAUUGUUAAUUAGACAAUUAAAGACUAUAUAUAUAUAUAUUUUGUCUUAAAAAAUCCAAAUCUUGUUACAUAGAGUCGAUUUAGUUCAUGUUCAUGUUUUAGAGCUUUGCUCAAUAGCAAUGAGGUUGGUUUUGACGGUUUCAACAAUUGCUGCUUGCCUUGUAUAUAAAAAGAAGAAGAAUAUUUGCUUGACAGUCUACCAAACAAAGCU